CUAUAUUUGUGAUAGUAAUAUUCAGAGCAAAAUUUCUAAUGAUUACUAUUCGUAUAUACAUGUUUUAAAAUGUAAAUGCCAGUGCGCGGUGUGAACAGCAGUGUGUGUGACGAGACUUUUAUUUUGGCCUGGUGCUGUGACGUCAUAAGCCUGCGGCGUUCGCCUGCUUCUGUUUUGAUUUGGAUGUGGAAAAGUUUGCAUUUUAAAGCCAUUAAUGUGACCUAAUCUGUAAAGACCGCUUAGUCGACUUUACAAUAAAAUAAUAAGCGAAGUUAAUUCAUUAUAAUUGAAUGUAACGUUAGCAUUGUUAUUGUGUUAUCGAACCGCGUUUUGUGGAAUAAAGAACAUUUAGAAUUGUUCUACAUAAAAAGUUUCGUUUCAUUUCCCCUCCAAUUUCGUGGAUUUGUUCAUUGUAAUUGGUAAAUCGUUCACUCAAAAGUUGUGAAGGGAGAAAUUGAGCUUAUUAAAAACUCCCGAUUCAACCGAAUCAACUGCUUUCGGAUCUGAUUUUGUGAUUCGAAGCGCUCGACUCACCGCAAUUUGACCGAAACCGUUAAAUAUAAACUCAAUGUUUUACGUUAAAGUUGCUUUUUUAUUUUGCCUCCAAUAUCGUGGAUUUGUUCAUUGUAAUCGGGUCACUAGCAAGUUUUGAAGGGAGAAAUAGAAUUUAUUGAUACUCUGAGUCAAUUGAAUCAAUUGCUUCCGAAUCUGACCUGGUGAUUCGACGUGCUCGAUUCACCGUACGCUAACAGAAACAAAUAUAAACUAAAUUGAAAGCGUUCGUGUAAUUUUGUAUUUGUUUAUUAAUUAGUUUUGAUAGUUUUAGUCUAGUUUUUGUUAAUAAUAACAGUCUGACUGAAACCCAGUGUGUUCACUUUUAAAUUUAGAGCUCUCAGAUAUUGUUGUUUUAUUUUUAAAUGACCAAACGCACUGAAUCCCUGCUGAAGCAACUGAUAUCCAUGUGAUCUGCUAUUAUAAAGAUGGCAUUCAUUAAAGAAGAAAGAGAAGAUGUGAAGGUUGAAGAAGAGUUCAGUGGGAAACGAGAAGAAGAUGAGGAACAAACCGAGCUGAAUGUGCUGAAAACAGAACCGAAGACCGAAGGUCAAGAUCAUGACUUCAUAACUGCAGAAAAAUCAAUAAAUUGCUCAAACCCUAACAAGACGUCCUCAAGAAAAAGUGCUCCAAAGAAAGAAGCAACCAUCAUUUUCACCUGCCGGCUUUGUGGAAGAAGUUUCAACAGAAAAGGAAAUCUCAACUACCACAUGAGGAUCCACACCGGAGAGAAGCCGUUCAAGUGCCCUCAGUGCGGGAUCAGCUUCAUUCAGGGAGUGAUGCUAAAGAGACACAUCCGCAUCCACACCGGAGAGAAGCCCUUCAGCUGCCGGCACUGUGGGAACAGCUUCAUCAGAAGAGGAUGCCUGAACAACCACAUGAGGAGUCACACUGGAGAGCAGCCGUACUCCUGCGCUCAAUGCGGACGAACCUUCGCGCACAAACAAACUCUUAAUGCUCACGUGAGGAUCCAUAACGGAGAGAAGCCGUAUAGCUGUGGGCAGUGCGGGAAGAGUUUUGCUGAAAGAGGAAACCUGAAGGUGCACAUGAGGAUUCACAGCGGAGAGAAGCCGUUCAGCUGCCAGCACUGCGGGAAGAGCUUCAGGCAGAAGGGGAACUUUAAAGUGCAUUUGAGGAUUCACAGUGGGAGCCCUUCAUCUGGGAACAGUGUGGAAAAGAGUUCAUAGUAGGACUUUAGGGGUCAAUAGAAGUGGGCGAUGAAACCAAAAUUCUGUUUCAUGCCGAGUAGUUUUUUGGGAUGCAUGUUAUAUUGGUUGCCAUAUUGAUAUCAGCCGAUAUAUUGAUGGCCCUAUUGACAUUGACCAAAUAUUGGUGGCCAUAUUGAUAUCAGCGAAUAUAUCGGUAGCCACACUGACAUCAGACAAUAUAUUGGUGGCUAUAUUUGGCAAUAUUGAUGUGAACCGAUAUGUUGGUGGCCAUAUUGACAUCGGUUGAUACAUCAGUGGCCACAUUUGGCCUUAUUGAUAUCAGCUAAAAUAUCAGCUUCCAUAUUGAUAUCGGCCGAUAUAUCUGUGGCCUUAUUGACAUCAGCGAAUAUAUCGGUAGCCACACUGACAUCAGACAAUAUAUUGGUGGCUAUAUAUGGCAAUAUUGAUGUGGACUGAUAUGUUGGUGGCCAUAUUGACAUCGGUUGAUAUAUCAGUGGCCAUAUUUGGCCUUAUUGAUAUCAGCUAAAAUAUCGGCUUCCAUAUUGAUAUCGGCCGAUAUAUCUGUGGGCAUACUGACAUGGGAUAAUAUAUCUGUUGCCAUAUUGAUAUCGGCACAUAUAUCGGCUGCCAUAUUGACAUCGGCGGCCAUAUUGAUAUCAAAUGAUAUAUCUGGGGCCAGGUUGAUAUCGGUCGAUAUAUCUGUGGCCAUAUUGACAUGGGAUGAUAUAUCGGUGACCAUAUUUAUAUUGGCAGAUGUAUCGGCUAUAUUAACAUCGGGUGAUAUAUCUGUGGCCAUAUUGAUAUCAGCACAUAUAUCGGCAGCCAUAUUGACAUCGGCCGAUAUAUCUGUGGCCAUAUUGAUAUUGGCAGAUGUAUCGGCAGCCAUAUUGUCAUGGGAUGAUAUAUCAGUCACCAUGUUGACAUCGGCACAUAUGUCGGCAGCCAUAUUGACAUCGGCUGAUAUAUCUGUGGCCAUAUUGAUAUUGGCAGAUGUAUCGGCCGCCAUGUAACAUGGGAUAAUAUAUCAGUCACCAUAUUGAUAUCGGCACAUAUAUCGGCUGCCAUAUUGACAUCGGCUGAUAUAUUUGUGGCCAUAUUGAUAUCGACCGAUAUAUCUGUGGCCAUGUUGGCAUGGGAUGAUAAAUUGAUGACCAUAUUAAUAUUGGCAGAUGUAUUGGUGGCUAUAUUGACAUCGGCUGAUAUAUCUGUGGUCAUAUUGAUAUCGGCAUAUAUAUCGGCAGCCAUAUUGAUAUCAGCAGAUUUAUUGGUGGCCAUAUUGAUCGGGUGAUAUAUCAGAGGCUGUAUUAAUGGUGAAAAUAUUGACAUUGGCCCAAUAUAUCAUUGGCUAUAUUGACAUCGGGCGAUAUAUUGGUGGCCAUACUGACAUCGGUAGUAGUUAUAUCAGUAGUAAUAUUUGGCCAUAUUGAUAUCGGCCAAUAUAUCUGUGCUAUUUUUAAUGUUAUUAUUGGUCAUAACAAAAUGUGGCUGAUAUCUUUAAACCAAUAAUAUAUACAAUAUUUCUGCUGGAUGAACCCCUUCUGGUGCUUUCUGCCCAUCACAUUUACAUGGUUGCUUUGUUUAUGCAUUAUUGAUGUUU